GUCCACUGACAGAGGUGGAGGCGUUGGAGAAGGACCACGUCCUCCUCCCUUGUGACGUGACUCCACCCAUCCCCAAUGACGAGACCAUCCUCGUCCUCUUCUACAGAGGUUCCAUAGGCACCCCCAUAUACAGCAUCGACGGACGCAACGGACCCGUGCGUCACGCAACCCAUUGGGUAGACCAACGCGCCCUGGGCUCCAGGGGCUACUUCGACCUGUCAUCGCGACCCCCAGGGCUCGUCCUUCGACCCCUGACGUACUCAGACCAGGACGAGUACCGCUGCAGGGUCGACUUCAGGUCCUCUCCCACCAGGAACGUCAGGGUCAACCUCAGGGUUAUAGUGCCCCCGAAGAAGAUCAGGGUGGUGAGCGAGGCGGACCUUGAGGUCAGUGGGGUCAUUGGUCCUUAUCAAGUCGGCGCCUCCGCUACCCUACACUGCAAGGUGGAUCACGGUGAGUACCAAGGCGGUGACAACAACUCAAGACGUUCAAGUGUCUAG